AGAGGAAACUCAGCCCGGAAUUGCCCAAACACACAACUCAGGAGGAACGCACUUUGCCCUGUCUGUGCCCACCCUCCAUUUUUCUCGCUCGUGCCGCCACUGUCCCUGCCAAGCCAAAUUCACGAACUAGGUCUCCUCCUCGCCCUUCUAGUGACUCGAACGUUUGACCUGCGAGGGAGGGAGAGGCGAGACUGCGGCUUCUGGUUGCCCCGCGAGUCAAGCCUCCGCUCCGCCUCCGCCCUCCCACCUCCUGCUGGGAAGAGGCUGGGCUUCGUCGCAGGGAAGCUCCAAGGAAGUCCUCUCGCCCGCCCCGCACGCACAAACUGGCUGGCUGGUCGGAGCCGCGGCUCGAGGGGGAAUGGCGGGGGCUGCCGCGUGAAAAAAAGCCUGCCGUCGUCGCCCACCCCCUCAGGAGGCGCCUGAGGCGAGGGAGGGCGGCAGAAGCUCGCAGCCAUGCUGUGCCUCGGCGCCCCGCUCCUGCUCCUCCUCCUGUGGAGGCCUCUAGUUCGGGCAGCCGGCGUAGAAUCUUCUGCCUUCUUACCAGCACCACAAAAUUUGACAAUUCAGUCAUAUAAUUUCAGGAGUGUGUUAAAAUGGUCUCCAGUUAAUGGGAUCAAUGGUUCUGUGUUAUACAACGUUCAAUAUCGCAUAUCAGUUCUAAUGUGGGCGGACGUGAACUGCACAAAUAUUACAAAGCCUGAAUGUGAUUUCUUCUUUCCCAUGAAUCACAGAAUCAUUUUACGUGUUAGGGCUGAACAAGGAGAAUUAAAAUCUGCUUGGACAGAGGCGCCUCCCUUUAGAGCACUGACAAACACUACUCUAGGACCUCCAAGAGCAAUAAAUGUAAGCCCAGAAGGCAACAGACUGUUUAUAAGCUUCUUGCCUCCUUCCAAUCAUACAACGGAUUACUUUCAUGUUGUGUAUUUUAUAAACUACUGGGAUAAUUCAACAAAUGAAAAGUUUAAAUACAGUACCAAGAGUACAGUAACCACACUCACUCUCAAGGAAGGAACAAUGUAUUGCUUGCAAAUACAGGCAGUGCUGAUGGAAGAGUUAAAAGGACAAUUAAGUGAGACUUACUGCAAAAAAACGACAAUCACUGGCGCAACAAGAAUUUUGUAUGCCAUAAUGAUAUUUGGAGGUGUAAUGUUUGUAGUCAUUUUAGUAUUUUUGUGCUUAUGGAGUAUCCAAAAAUAUCAAAAUACAAUUAAAUCUUUGUGGCAUCCUCCCCUUACAAUACCAUCCCAUUAUGAAGAGGUCUUACAAAAUCCUCAGAUGGCUACAGUUGAAGAAUUUAAGAACUCUGCAGGAGAAGAUCCCUGGCACGUGGACACUUUAUCCAUUAUCUCCAAUGCAGAACAAAACCAAACUGUAGCAAACAACCUGUUGAAGGCAGAAGAACACGGAUGAUGUUCUUUCAUCUAUGGAUGUUGAACUUUUAAUGUCCUCUUGUAGAAUUUCAAUACAGAGAAAUAGCUGAAAUUACCUCUUGUCAAGCACAGGAAGCUGCAAACCACAUACCCUGCCUAUGAUUCAUGUUGAACUAUGAAUUGGAAACCAACGUGAAAUGACACAAAUGCUAUGGCUUGGUAUAGAUAGCUUCUUAAAUCACUGAAAAAUUACUGAGAUUUUGGAAGAGGCUGUUAUCUUUUUACUGGGAUUUUGGAAGAGGCUGUUGUUCCUUUAGGUACUCUUGGAAACCUAAUGCUUCACCACAGAACAAGGGUUUUGGCACACACUUAAACUGCUGGAACAGUGUGAAACUGCAAAUGUUUUUAGUACAUAAGCACAGGGAAUAGCGUGUACUAGUGGUCAGAUUUACUCAUGUCUAGAACUUUUAAAAUAAUUUAUAUUUUUUCAGCCUGGACGGUAAUCCUGACAAGAUGGUGGGUAAGAGAUAUUCUCUGUUUUGGGAUGGUCUCCCUUUGAAGGAGCAGGUAAUCAACUAGAGAGAGCUUGUUUACUAACUUACUACUUCUUUACUACUUACUGGGGUUUUGCUUUGACUGUGAAGUUUGUUGGAUGACAAUUGAUAGCUGCUUCAUUGUUUAUGGGCUAUUCAGACAUUGAGUAAUUAAAAAGUUUACUCUUAAACAGUCCUGAAAAUGGCACUAUGGAAGAAAUGUAGAAUUUAGGGACUGCCAUGUGCACACCCAGAAUAAGCUGGUGGGGGAUGGGGUGGCUUCAUGCCUGGGAGUGGACUUUGAUAGUAUUUGGAAUGUAUAAUCUGAUUCCCAUCAGCUGCUUGGCACACCCUCUCCAUUCUGCAUCUGGGUAUAUCUGCAGUCAUCUUUCCUGAGGCAUGCAGCCCACUUCUGGUUGCAUAGCUACCUUGCAGAUGUCUGCUCACCAUUUCUCAGUGUUUACUUUUCCAGUUAUGGUACUUUUAUGCUGUAUAUCCACUUAAUUACAAUGACAUCUGUGUCAUCUGGUUGUGUGUGUGUGUGUGUAGGGGGGUGCCUUUAUUAAAGUGUCCUUGGGGAGGUGCGCACACACACACGCCUGCAAACCCAGCAGUUUAUGGUUCUAUGUCUGCUUUGUCUGGAGUGCAUUGGAGGUGAAUUGGAAAGAGCCUUGGGGAGAUGCACAGCAACUGUGCUUUCACUACAGACUUAGAGGGGCACUGUGGCAGCAACUCUGAGUCCAGUAUUUCUGAACUUCACCCAGUGGCCAUGUUAAGCCAGCCUUUUCUACCUUUACUUAGCAGUCAUUUCCACCACCCACAGUUCUCUUAGCAGUCAUUUCCACCACCCACAGUUCUGCUUCUACCUAGCACCCGUUUUAAGCCCAUCUUCCCCUGGUGGACAGCUGCACUACUGGCAGUUUGGAUUGGAAAAUAUCUGUGGGUUUUUAAAAAAUUGUUUUUCCUUAUGUGUAUACUUGUAUAUACUGUGCUGGGAAACACCUCCUGUACUUUUGCAUGCAUUGUACCCAUGGAGGACAGGAGCACUUGAAAAUUUUGCUGAGAAUAAUAUAUAUUUUAAUUAUUAUUUUUUACAAUGAGUAUUUAUAUGCGCGCAGUAUUCAAUCCAGGCAACAAAACACCAGAACAUAGCACAUUUGGAGGUUUGGGGGAAUCUUUCCUUUUUACUGUUUGGGGUGCUCAUCUAGAUUGUGGGCUUUAGUAGGCAGCCAAUCACAUCACAUAGGGAAGGAAGGAAGUGUGUAUGACAUGACACCCCACAUCCCAUCCCACCUCAGACCCUCGUAGGAAUUUUCAUAAAUUUUUGAAAGUAUCUGCAGAAGUGGAACUAGAAUUCAGACAGCGUUUUUUCCUAUGGAGACAAUGGGAUACAAAGCUUAUCUAGGGCACCUUCUUUAGAUUGGGGUUUCUCUGCAUCAGAAGAUGUUAUUGCUUCAGGGGUGGUCUUGUUUGAGAGUCCCCAAAUCUGUGGAUGUAUGACAUGAUGCACCUUGACCCUUUCAGGAAUUUCCAGAUGACAGCAAAGGUGUAGUGGGUGUUUCCAGCCCAGGUCAAGGUAGCAACUGUACAAGGAAGCAGUAGGUGUGCAACAGGAGGGGAAAUGGAAGGGGGAUUCCAGAGAUGGAUAGUGGUGGGCAGGCAGGCAGAGAGAGGUGGGGAGCUGAAACCAAGAACAUAAAAGCUUCCUGUGUAUACAGAACAGGAUGUGCAUGGCCCAUAGUGACUCCAGUUAGCGUUUAUCACACUUACUCACAAAAUAAAUCUCUGUCUGGAAAGCUUCUGUCAUUUGUAUAACAGUGACUUCUCAUUUAAAGGUAAAGUGUGCUGUCAAAGUCGAUUUUGACUCCUGGCUCCCACAGAGCCCUGUGGUUUUCUAUGGUAGAAUACAGGAGGGGUUUACCAUUGCCAUCUCCCAUGCAGUAUGAGAUGAUGCCUUUCAGCAUCUUAUAUCGCUGCUGCCCGAUAUAGGUGUUUCCCAUAGACUGGGAAACAUACCAGCGGGGAUUCGAACUGGCAACCUUCUGCUUGUUAGUUUACUGUAAUAGAGACUGCUUGGAUGCAUUUGCUAAUGCAGACCUACCCACGCUCUUAUUCUAGCUCAAGCACAGAGAACAGCUCAUAUUCCUCCAAUUCCUGUAAAACUGUGGUGAGUGGAUUCAUUUCCAGGUGCUUGUUUUAUCAUUUAAAGACCCAGGUCCUUCAUAUUCCUAUGCUAAGGUAAUUUAGCUCUGCAUAUCUUUAUUGCAGCAACUAAGAACUGAGCAGAUGCAGAGGAUUAAGGAUGGGUCAAAACAGCAACAUGAUCACUCAACCCUCAACUGCUACAUUUGAAAUUAGGAUUACUGUAAAUCAUUUUGGCUGAGUCAACACUGUAAAUGGGCAAAAUUAUUUUUAAGAAGGUACAGAGGACCACCUUUUUUGUGGCAGAUCUUCUAUUUUGUCCACUGCCUGCUGAAAACAUGUUCUAAAAGGCAUUUGCAGGCACUGGCUCAUUGCUUUUGUUGAUGGAUCUUAGUUUUAGUUUGUUUUUUGAACCAACUACUUGUCUCAGACAGUACCUUCGGAGCUCCACUUGUGUGGGAAAGCAGCUCAAUGCUGCACAUAAAUCACAGCAGCUGUACUUCAGGAAAGGUAUAAACUAUGUUUGGAAUUUAUAAUCAGAUUCCUGCUAUAUGCUACUAGUACAGGUGAAGAGGUAGCCACCUCUAAGGCAGGGCUGCACAACUUUGGCCCUCCAGCUGUUGUUGGACUACAACUCACAUCAUCCCCAGCUGCACCAGCCAAAAGUUGAGGAUAAUGCGAGUUGUAGCUCAACAACAGCUGGAGGGCCAAAGUGCAGCACUGCUUUAAGGUGUAAAGGUUUUUGUGUAUGGGUGUGUGUGUGUUGGUGUAGUAUGGUACUCAUUACCUUCAGUCAUUUCUUUGCUCCCAAAUGUGAAAAAAGCAAGCACCGUUUGCUGUGGGUCAUCUGUCCUUUUUGAGAAAUCAGCACAUACCAUUGCAAUAAAUAAUUCACUUUCAUAUUCUA